GACCCGGGAGCGACUAGCUCCCACAUCUGGAAGCAACAUGUCCGCCUACAGGAAGAAAGUCGGAGAAGGUGGGGUCAGGGGGUCGGCCCGUGUUUCCUUUCAAAGUGCGGCGCUCCUGAGUACUUCUGAUAGAUACUUUAUCCCCAGCAAAUUACCGCGUUUGAAAGCGUAAUUAACGAAUCUGUUUUCUUAAUCACAGAGGCUCUCAUCUCGGCCGGCGCUGCUGGUCUCGCUAUGCGGUGCGCGGCGAUGUCGACACGACAUGGCAACUACCGCCUUGGCAGUCCUGGCCCUCUCCCAGUCCCACCCAGGGGGGCGCGUUGCUUUUCAACUCUGUCCAAUUCCCGCUAUAAUCGUCCCACUCUGAUAAACCUAGAGAUGGAUAGCAGAUUCUCUAAAAUAUCUACCGCAAUUGUUCUCCCACUCCUUCUCUUCUCGACUCAUUGCAAACUCAGCUUUUCUUCUUCUUCAAAUAGAUCAUUUCCAGGACUCUUCAGGGUCCUCUAAUCUACGAGCGAUUUUGGUGGGUGUAUAAGUAGGGUCCGCAGCCAGACUUUGUUUGCUAGCCUCGUCUAGAAACAGACAUAGUUGGGAGCUGACGAGAGACGUCCCGGAGUGUAAUUAGUGAAUCAGUCUUAAUGUGUUUCAAGAUGAUUUACCAAAUGGUGGUUUCCUGAGUCUGCAGAGACAGUGGGCAGAUACAACCCCAGUCAGGUUUUGAUAGCUGGGCCUUUUCUCUCCGUGGGGACCAGGGAAAUGGGCUGCUUGGCAAGGCCCUCAUAACUCUUCCACCAAAUGGGUCUGUCAGCUAAAUAUUUUGCCUAUUAGAUGAAUCUGAGAUAGUAGGAAAAUAAACAACGGGAGAGACCGAGCGGUGCUGUUAAGUGCUGCAGCGAUCAGCGAGACGCUCAUAGAGCCCGUGCCCAGAGGGGCCCUCGAGACGUGAUGACAAACGGGAUUCCGGCUCUGCCUGUCUCUGCCCCAGCUCAGCUGCCAUGGCUCGCUCCGCUCCGCCCUACGCUGCUCUACCCACUCGCUCUCUAUCCUCUCUAUACUCCCAUUGUUCAUUCAGGAAGGAGGGACUCUUACAGGGACUGACUGGCCAAAAUAUACAAGACCACAAGACCACAUUUCAUUAUGAAGUUUGAUGUAAGAAUGAGUGUGAGUUAGCCUUGUAUCCAUAACUGUAUGGUGCAUGGGAAUGAUAGAAGGUUAGAAUUAGCUUCAGAACGUACAGUAUGGAUACAAUGUGGCUAAGUGUGAGUGUGUAUAUUGCUUAUGUAAAGUUUGUGCAGUACUGUGCUAGUGAUGUGCUAGGUUUUACACAUGUAUUUCCUGGUCUCCGCUCCUAGGUUGAACGGGGGUCCUUUCGAGGAGGAGAAGCCCCUGAUGGCCAGCCACGGGUCACGUGACCUGGAGGAGGGGGAGGGGGAGGAGCUUGGCGCCGAGGAGGAGGAAGGGGAGKAGAGCGACUCCGCUGCUGGGAAACCUAGAGACGAAGCUCCCCCCAGCAACCUAGAUGAUGACAUCAUACACAAUGAAAUAGAAUUUGACGGACCUAGCGAUUUGGACCUCAACUGCAAGACCUCCCCAAGGAGCUACGAGGAGGAAGAGGAUCAGAGUAGCUACUCUGCGCUGGAUCACAUCCGACACUUCUCUGACAUGCAUAAGAUGGAGGACAGUGAGUUGAGUGACGGGGACYGCACCUCCUUCGGCUCCCCCAGCCUGCCUGAGGCCGUCAAACAGCCCCUGUACAGGAAAUCCAAGUCCCAGGCGUACGCCAUGAUGCUGUCUCUGGCUGAUAAGGACGCACUCCACCCAGCCAACCACACACCAGCCACCAUGUGGCACAGCCUGGCACGGGCCGCUGCUGAGUCCAGUGCCAUCCAGUCCCUCAGCCAUGUAUGAUACCCCGAUCCCUGACCUCUAACCCCCCCGACCCCGACCUAUCGCACUGGGAGCCUUUGGGGGCCGUCAGCAGUGCCCCUUGCCCUUGGCCCGUCACAGACUGCCGAGCAGAACCAUGGCCCAUCUGACUGCUGAGCAGAAUGCCUUACACACGAGCAGGGUCACCGUCCACAGAGAACCGCCCAGCCCAGCCCUCCAAGAGAUCCAACAAAACAUCCCUCCUGCGACCUUAAAUUGAGUCAUUAUGUUUAUUAUCGACGACAAUGAUGAUGAUAGUGAUUAUUGAUUAUGGUGAUGAAAAUAAAAAUUAUAAAUAAUAAUAGUGGUAUUUAUUCUGGUGAGUUUCUAUGUUUUGCACAGCAGCGGCGGCUGGUAGGAGGGAUGAUGGAAAUGGUUUUGUUAGAUGUUACAUUGCUAGAGCAUUUCGUGUGUCCACUCAGUGGAACUGUGUCACGUGUCCACUCAGCUGAGAACAUUCUUCCUCUGUGUGAUGUCGUUUGUAUUUGGAGAACCCGUUCGGGACCGCGGUCCAACCACGGUUUGAUAUGUGUACAGAGUACAGACCCUGCCUAGCCCCACAUAGCCCUACCUAGCCGCACAUAGCCCAACCUAUUCUUACCAGGCCUCACCUAACCACCCCUAGCUCCAUCUAGAAUCACAUAAUCCUACCUAGACCUACCAUGCCACAAUACAGCUACCUAACCCCACAUUGCCCAACCUAGACCUAUACCUGGCCACACCUAGCCUUCAGACCAUCUCAGUGAAAUAUGUUACGAGAAUGAUUCCCUUUAGUCCCUGGAUAUAAACAGGUGUUUUCCAUCAACAUGUACUUAUAUAAAUGCUAGGAUACUUGGAAGGGUGGUGCUGAGUAACAACUCGGGUCCAGAUGAACCACACCUCUCCAAGAAAGAUGGUGCUACAAACGCAUUACGACAAGAUUGUUGAUAAACGAAGAACAAAAGAUAAAGAAACAUUGAAAAUGGAGAAAAAUCGGACUGGUUUUACCACCUAAGAAGGAGUUUGCAUAGCUGCGUGUGUCUGCACAAUCACAGAACUGUACACGAGUGUCUGCAAACUGCGGCUCUGAAGCUGCACUCGGACCCACCCUGCUGCGCUCUCUGUGAAAGGAUCUAAGUAGUUUGUCGUUUUAGCGGAAGAAAAGAAGAAACCACGAUCUUUUUUUUUUACUCUGAAAAAGUAGCAAGUGCUGAAGUUUAUCGUUAUUAAACAGUAAAAAGGGCAUCUCUCCCCCUUUCUCGAAACCCCAAACUCAUCGUAGUCGGCCAACGAUACCACUAAUUAGCCUAAAUGCUAGUCGUUAGCUACCCCCAUCCUCGUGUCUUUCAUUUUUUAGACAAUCAUGUUUUUGUUGUUUUUUUUUCUACAUUUUUAUUGUUGUUGUUGAUGUUAUUGCUGUUGUAUGUUGAGAAUUGUAUUUAUUUCUUGGCAAACUGUAGUUUGUUUACUGAAUAGCACUGCUCUUACCCAUAGCGAAGGGGAGAUUCCUCGCUGGGGCCUACUCCAGAACUCAAUGGGGUUUGUAGAUGAUGUUUGAGUGCCGGAUAAUAUUAAACAUACCAUUCACUCUUUAUUCUUCUAAUGAAACUGGUUGGUGAUGAAUAGAUAUUACUUAGGGUUUUUUUUGUACGACAAUUUAUUGAUUCAAUUGUAAAUGGAAAAAAACAAACAUUAUAAAGACAUGAACAAAUAAAAAGAUGCCAGGUAUAAUUUCUUCAUAAUCGCAUGAUUGGUCUCCAUAGAUCUGUAUCUGACAGUUUUCUACGGUUGUCUGCAAGCUUGUGUGACGUUCAGUCAAUGUUAAUCCCUUGUGCCAAACCUAUAAUAAAUAACAGAUUAUAUUCAUUUAUCCUCCCAUUUUGAGGGACCAGAUUGUUUUUUGUUUGUUUUUUGUCGUUGUUGUUGUUGUUUUUGUUUAUAAUCCAUUUUAAAAAGUAAUCAGCAAGUGGAGGUACUUUGUUUUAAUGCUUUCUACAAUGUAACUGUAAUGCAUUUCAGUACAAUACUGUGGGAGGAGCAACUAAAAAAUAAAGGACUACAAUGUGGA